UUUACUCGACGGGUCAAGGCGGACCCUUGUCUACUGCGCUCUUGGCAGUGAUAAAAAUCGCGGCGAGCUUUUAAAUUAUCGUCCGUCCACGGAAUCACUGGAAAACAUGGCUAUUUGACCAUCUAUAUUUUGAUAUUUUUGAGUACACCGUUGCCUUCUGGGGGCAGGAUGAAGGACCUUCAUACCAUCGACAACUUGCUUUUGAAAGAGCUAAAGGCGUGCUGUGCGAAAGAGUCCCACUUUCUUCCCAGGGAGAGUGGCCUGAAGAUCAUCGAGUCGGCCCCUGCUGAGGACUGUAAUGGUGUAUCAGCAAAAGGCAGAGAUGCUAAGGUGGAGGAUUUGUGGGGCCUGACCAAUUUUUUUGGCUACAGCACCCAUACUUUUGUUCAAGCCGUCAAUCUCCUCGACCGGUUCCUCGCCAUUAUGAAGGUGCAGCCCAAACACUUGCCCUGUAUUGGAGUCUGUUGUUUCCACAUCGCAGCUAAGAUGGUCGAACAGGAAUGUGAUAUCUCGCCCACCCAUGAACUCAUCCGUAUCAGCCAAAGCAAGUUCACUGUCUCCGACCUCUGCCGUAUGGAGAAGAUCAUCUCAGAGAAGCUCAACCUGGAGCCCAACGCUGUGACCGCCUUAACAUUUCUAAACCUCUACCACUCCACCUUUGCAUCCAUGUCUGCCAGAAGGGAGGAGAUCCUAAGUAUUGGGAGACUGGAAGCCCAGCUAAAAGCCUGCUUAUGCCAACUUGUUUUCUCAAAGGCAAAACCAUCAGUGCUGGCAUUAUCCCUUAUUGCUCAGGAGUUUGAGGCCCUGCAGUCCAUUCCCAUGCUGAAGAUUGUACAGCAACUCCAAAGGCAUCUGAAGAUCAGCGACAGCGAGCUGAGCCACUGGAGGGACCUGGUGGCUAAGUGCAUGACCAAGUACCGCUCGAGCGAAUGUACAAAACCGGACAACAAAAGGCUGGUGUGGAUCGUGUCCAGGCGGACAGCGCAGAACCUGCAGGCCAACCACUUCAGCGUGCCUGGCCUGCCCACUAUUCCAGAGGGGAGUUGGGACGAGAGCGAGAGUGAGGACUCGGGGGAGGACAUGAGCUGUGAGGAGGACAGUCUGUGUGGCUCCCCGGGAAGUGACGCAGAAGGAGCCUUCUUCCCCUCUGUCUUCCAUAGCUGCAGAAAGUGACUCAUCCUCGGCUCCUGGCUUGUGAUGGAUUUGUGACCAGACCCUCGCCGUCGAUCUGUUCCAUCUGAACUGGAGCUAAUUUAAUGUGGUCACUGUGUUUUAAGAAUAAACCUGUUUUGUUUUUGGUUUUUUUGUUCCCUUCCUUCUAUCCAUAUGUAGGGAUACCGAAUCCGGGUCAAGUGCCUGCCCAGUUUACUGUUAAACCAUUUUUGUUUUCUAUUUUUAACACUUUUAAUAUGGAACCAUGAGACUGAAAUUUGCAAUAUCUCGGCAGCGCGAGGGCAGUACGCCCCCGAGUUUAAACCGUGUGUCAAUGUGUGUUUAAGCUUGACACAUUCCGUUCAACAUGCUAAAAGCACAAUUUUAUUUUCAGCAUGAGGUCCACAAGCUAUUGAAAACCUGCUAAAACUGGCACAUUUUACUUUUUUUUUUUAUUCAUGUUUUUAUACUCGAGCUGGUUCAUAUUGUGGAAAAAGUCAUAACGUCCUUAACCUUAAUGUGACACGUAUGAGACUGUAAUGUCAAGACACGAGGAUAUCGUGUAUGUGCAUGGAGACUGGUGGAAAUAUACGAUUUUGAAUGGAGACUGUAAAAAAAAAGCUGUAAAAAAGCUUAAAAAUGUAUAUAAAAUGUAAAAAAGAAGAAAAACAUCUAUGUUUUGUGACUACUAUGUAUGGUGUGUUGUAUAUCAACAAUGUUGAAAAUGGAUCAAGAUGGGGGAACCUGUCCCUCCAAAAAUAAAACCCUAUUUUGUA